AUGGAAAUUUUGCAUCAUUCUUGGUUCGAAGAAGAAGUAAAUGAAAAAUAUCAAACAAUAAAAAGAUUUGCGUUUACCCUAUUUUUGGUUAUCGCAAUAGCAGUUUCUAUCAAUUUAUUAGCAGGAAAAAAUCAUGAUAUUAUUUUGGAAUAUCUUCCCUAUGAUUUAUUACAUAUAGUUGAAUGUAUAGUUCUAUGAUAUGGAGAAAACAAAAAAAGCCUUUUAAAAUCAAGAAUUGUAAUAGCUGUAUCUGAAUUUAAUUCUAUUUUAUGAUUUCUAAUGGGAACUACUAAUUCAAAGGAAUCUAAAGUUCUUUUAUGCACCCUUUCUUUUGCAUCGAUAAACUUUUCUGAAUGACCUCUUAUAUAUUCAUUCUGGAUUCGGAGCUUAAUUAUGAUUAAGCAUAUCUUUUUCUUUUAUUAUUUUGAAUACUUUACUGUAGGCUUGGAUGUGAUAUCGGCUGAAGGAGGAUUUUCUCAAAUGAUAGUAAUUUUGAUUUUUUUAUUGUCUGAGCUCAACUGGCAUCAGACAAGAGGGAAAUCAUUUGGAGAAUUUAAGCACAGGAAAACUAUAGAAAAUGCUGAAAAACGACUGAGUUUAAUUUUUGAAUUAUUUCCUGAUGGAAUUUUGAUAAUUUCACAUAACCAUAAGAUUUUAUUUUCAAACGAAAACUUAAUAAAGCUAUUAGAUUGUAAUAUACAGCAGGUAAUUUCUUUGCUAAAAUCAAUUCAGUAUAUAGAAGGGAAAAAUUAUUCACAGUGAAAUGGUUCAAAUAAACUAAUAGAUGAUAUUAAUUUAAUUCAAAAUUUUCAACUUAAUGUGGAAGUAUUACUUGGUAUAUGCAGAAUUGGGGUAUAUAAUUUAGAAUGAAAAGGGCAAAAAGUACUAUGAGAUGAUGAAGAAGCUAUAUUAUUGACGGUUAGGAAUGUCAAUAAUUUAAUCCAAUUGGAAAGAACAAUAUCAGACAGUAAAUUAAAAAACGUUAUGCUAAGAUCAGUUUCUCAUGAGUUGAGGACACCAAUAAACGCUAUUUCAAAUUUUGUUGAAUCAUUAAAAGAAGAGCCAGAAAUAGCUCGUCAUAACGAUUGAAACAGCAAGCUAGAUAUUACAUUAAUUUCAUCAAAGCUACUCCUGUCAUUAGUCAACGACUUGCUAGAUUACUCAAGAAUUUUGGCUGGAGUUUUUUCAAUAAAAAAGUCCAAAUUUUUAUUGAAAAAUGCUAUUAAUAACGCAAUACAGUUAAUAAAAAUCCAAGCUGAGAGAAAAGGCUUAAAAAUUAUUUCACGAAUCGAUCCUGAAAUCCCAGCAUAUAUAUUUUCAGAUCCAUUGAGGUUUAAUCAAAUCCUUCUGAACCUAUUAAGCAAUGCUUUAAAGUUUACAGUUUCAGGUUUUAUUGAAGUUACUUGUGUGUCAUGCUCUGGCGGAACUAUGAAAACCAUAGUGCAAGAUACAGGAAUUGGUAUCAAGGACUCAAAGAUAAAUGAUAUAUUCAAGGAGUUUAAUACAAGCCACCAUGGAAAUUUAAAUCCGACUGGCUGUGGUCUGGGCUUAUUUAUUUCAAAUAUUAUUGCUAAGGAAUUAGGCUCAAAAUCAAUUGAAGUCCAAUCAAAAGAAAAUCAAGGAUCAUCUUUCAGCUUUUCUAUUAAUAUAAAAGAUGCUUUCCAAGAUAACUUAGAGAUAAUGCAAUAUGAUGAUUCUUUUUCAGAAAAUCUUCCAGAAAACAAUUUUCCAAUCGUAAUAAAAGAUUUUAACGCUGUAAUGAAACAGGAAUGUCCAAGAGUUUUAAUUGUCGAUGAUAAUGAAUUUAAUAGGAUUUCACUUGGAUCAAUCCUUUUUGGCAACAAUAUAUUAUAUCGUGAGGCUUGCACUGGAAAACAAGCUGUAAAUUAUGUCGAAGAAAUGAGCAGGAAAAAGAAGCCAUUUAAGCUAGUUAUUAUGGAUGGAAGCAUGCCUGAGCUUAAUGGCUGAGAUGCGACUAAAAUUAUUUUUAAUUUGUAUUCUGAAGGAAAAAUUGAUGAUUUACCUACGAUAAUCGGAUAUACAGCAUUCACUUCUGAUCAAGAUAUAAAAAUGUGUAUUGAUUCAGGAAUGACAGAUUGCAUUAUCAAGCCAUGCAGCUCUCAAUUCUUGAUAAAAAAAAUAAUAGAAUACUUGCAAUAA